AUGCUCGGAAAAAUGUCAACUCCAGGUAAUGCCUCCAAUGGCCCCACGCCAACGGGACCCAACGGCGCUCCUCUUCCUCCGAUGAGGCUUCGCCGCGCCAAAAAUGCAGGCGACCCCCUUGUUCGACCUAAGCGGCGACCGCCUGUUCGACCUCCUGGUACUGCCCCUGGUGCUGGCGCCGGUGGGGCUGUAGCCUCAAAGACUUUGCCAUCACACCCAUCCGUUCGCGGCCCUGCUCCUCUGUCGAAGCUCCCAAACACCAGACCACCCCCGGCCCCGGAUGCACGAUCAGUCAACGGAUUCAGCGGGCCCCUACUAUGCGAGAAAUAUGUCGAUUACCCACUCGUCACUACCCGCAAAGCGUUGCGCGAGGGACUAAAACACCACAUUGCCCGAUUCUCCUCCAAGAAAGCGAUUGACCCGCGCGAUGAGUCCCAGUUCACCCGCCCUGUCAGACUUCAUCGCCGCGAUCCCCGCGCUCGAGCCCACGAGAACCAUGGCCCAAAAAUGGUCGGUCCUGACGGCCGCCAGCUGGAUGAAAAUGAGCGCGAAGCCGCCGAGGCCCGCAAGGCCGCACGUGAGAAGGAACGCGCCGAGAACAUGGCGCAGAUUGCGCCCUCGGUUGGAUCAACCGCCAAGAGACCAAAUGCGCCAAAGCAGAAGACACAGCAGGUCUUCAAGUCGGAUAUGACCAAGGAAGAGAUUGCGCGAGCUCGAAUCAAGUACGAGGAAGCUCUGCCAUGGCACUUGGAAGAUUUCAAUGAUCGUAACGUCUGGGUGGGCAACUACGAAGCUGCCUUGUCGGAGAACCAUGCAGUCAUCGUUUUCGAGAACAACAAGAUGCGCAUGAUUCCAGCAGAGAAGUGGUACAAAUUUACUGCCAAACAACAUUUCAAAGCUUUGACUAUUGAAGAGGCCGAGAAGAUCAUGUCAAAGCGCAUCAAGGAUCCAAGAUGGUUCAUGGAGAAGCAAAAGGAAAUCCAAGAGAAGAAGGAGCUGGAGAGCUACGCAAAGGUGCACAAAGUCUAUGCGGGCAAAACGGGAGGCUUGUCCGGUCGAGAAGGCUUGGAGGCCAGCGAGAUGGACUUUGAAGAGGACAGAUUCGCCGACGACGAAGAGCAUGCCGAUCUGUUCAAUGACGAGCAAGAUGAGGAUACAAAAGCCGCCGAGAGACGUAUCAAAGAAGAUCAGCUGAAGGCCAAUGUCUUCGACUUGAAGAACGAAAAGGACUAUGAAGACGAAGAGGAGCGCGAAAAGAAGGAGCGUGAAGCCCGCCGCACAUUCGGCAAGAAAGUUCGCAAAGCUCUUAAGAAGCGAGAGCGAAACUUUGAUUACAGCAGUGGUUCCGACGCAAAUCCAUACACUGACGAAGAGGAUGUUGCUCGCCCGCAGAGCUCUGAUGACAGCGAAGCUGAGCGGCAAAAGGAAGAAGAGAAGCGCAAGGCUGAAGAGGAAAAGGUGCAGAAGGAGAAAGAAAAGGAUUCAGCUACAUCCACCAAGGGCAGCAAUACACCUUCUGGCCGACCCAAGCACACCGAUGCCUUGAAGAAGCCAACCGCAUCUCGCAAGCGAUUGGGGUCGCCCGGUUCGGAUGCAAGCGGCACUGACACGUCCCGAAAGAAGGCGAAGAACAUGCAUCAGACUUCUCAGCCUACUUCGCGUCCCAUGUCCCCAUCUGCAGUACAGAAACGCACUCGAGAUGCCCCCCACAAUGGCUCUGGCUCUGGCAGUGAGGUCGAUGUCGACCCUCGAUCUGGAAACGAGCUUGGCCAGAGUGCCAAGAUCAAGAAAGUUAGACUAAACCUCCCAUCAGCCGCUUCACGAAGUGGUACCCCCCAAGGAUCCCGUGCUACCAGCCCCGUUGCUGGGCACCCAUUCCCCGGCAGCCGAGCUGCAAGCCCUGACGGAAUCAGAGGCAAGUCCAAUCUCCUCCAACUCUCCCCUUCGCCCCCUGCAUCUGUCCCCAAAUUGGCCUCUACAUUCUGGAAGGGUCACACUAACGAUCUGCCCGUACUCACUUCAGGCGCUGGCCGCUCUACCCCUAUCCCGUCCAACCAACCCUUCCCCACCCCGGCCGAAAUCCACGCCGCAAUCCCAGCCACCGGUAUCUCCAGUUCCGACCUUUUGCGAAUCUUCCGUCCUCGUAUUGGUGAGUCCAAGGAAAACCACCGCCGCUUCAUCGCUAUCGUCAAGGACGUCGGCCUGUACGGUAAGGAGGACCGUCUCCUGCGACCCGGUACCCUGAAGCCCACUUAG